AUGGCCAGUCAGUCCCAGGGUAUCCAGCAGCUCCUGCAAGCUGAGAAACGGGCGGCUGAGAAGGUGGCAGAUGCCAGAAAGAGGAAGGCCCGGCGUCUGAAGCAGGCAAAGGAGGAGGCACAGAUGGAGGUGGAGCUGUACCGCAGAGAACGAGAGCAGGAGUUCCAGAGCAAGCAACAGGCGGCCAUGGGCUCCCAGGGGAACCUGUCGGCUGAGGUGGAACAGGCUACCAGACGCCAGGUGCAGGGCAUGCAGAGCUCCCAGCAGAGAAACCGUGAACGCGUCUUGGCCCAGCUUCUUGGCAUGGUCUGCGACGUCAGGCCCCAGGUCCAUCCCAACUACCGGAUUGCUGUCUAGGAUCCACCGCAGGGCCUGACUCUUCCCUUCCAGGUCCCUUCCUCAAAGAAAUCCCCCAAUCAAAAUUACCUCCCACCAUCUUCACUGGUUCUUUCUCAUUUUCUCUCCAUUCCCGGGAAAUUCUAGGGGCAAGAUCCAAUAAUUCUGUGAAAUUUAGCAAGAUAACUUGCUCAGAUCUGAAUCUUAUUGUUCUUUA